UGAAAAAUUCCAAAAAGGGGAAGGAAAGGAAGAAGAAAAGUAUAUUGAUGUAGUCAUCAAUAAGAAUAUGAAGCUGGGACAAAAAGUUUUGAUUCCAGUAAAACAGUUCCCAAAGUUCAACUUUGUUGGAAAGCUUUUGGGUCCACGUGGCAAUUCUCUAAAGCGUCUACAGGAAGAAACACUGACAAAAAUGUCUAUUUUGGGCAAAGGUUCUAUGAGGGACAAGACAAAGGAGGAAGAGCUGAGAAAAAGCGGAGAGGCAAAGUACUUCCACCUAAAUGAUGACCUGCAUGUUUUAAUUGAAGUAUUUGCUCCACCAGCAGAAGCAUAUGCCAGAAUGGGACAUGCGUUGGAAGAAAUCAAGAAGUUCCUCAUCCCAGACUACAAUGAUGAAAUCAGACAGGCACAGCUUCAAGAGUUAACAUACUUAAAUGGUGGCUCAGAAAAUGCAGAAGUUCCAGUAGUUCGUGGAAAAGCAUCUCUUCGAGCAAGAGGAGUACCAGUUCCUGCUUUGUCCAGGGGCCGUGGAGGAGUGCCUCCGCCACCAGCAGGAGUACCGAGAGGGGCACCAGCACCCAGAGGAGUGCCUCCCAGUAGAGGACCAGUCAGUCGUAGCCGUGGGCUUCUAGCACCCAGAGCAAGAGGAGUACCUCCACCUGCAGGCUACCGGCCCCUUCCACCACCUCCAGCACAGGAGACCUAUGGUGAAUAUGAGUAUGAUGAUGGCUAUGGAACUGCUUACGAUGAACAAAGCUAUGAUUCCUAUGAUAACAGCUAUAGCACUCAAGCACAAAGUGGAGCAGAUUACUAUGACUAUGGCCACGGACUGAGUGAAGAAACAUAUGACUCUUAUGGGCAAGAAGAAUGGACCAACUCACGACACAAGGCACCUCCUGCAAGGACAACAAAAGGAGUCUACAGAGACCAGCCAUAUGCCAGAUACUGAUUGUACUGUCUGAUGUUGUGAAAUAUCCAAUCUCCACCAGUCCUGUAUACUGUUCAAAGUAAUUUUUUCUAUGAACAAUCCCUUUUUAUUAAAUCAAAGCGCAUAAAAAAACCUGAAUGGAUGGACUGAACCUUAAAAUAUUUUGUUGAAAGAACAACCUGGACAGAAAGAAAUGUAAAAUGAGGAACUUUUUGUUAUUUCCAAACUGUAUUUGAGAAAAAAUAGGUGAUCAAAAAAUAACCUUUUAUUAACUAGUGUUAAACAGAAAAAUAGGUUUACUAAAUCUGUUAGUCCGUUCUUUUAACAUAAGCGUAACCUUUUAUUUUAAAGGUUUUCAACAGUUUAGUUUUUAGCUUUUCUUUUCAGCCAUUUGCUAGAUUCUCUCUUUGCAAACAUGCGUAAAAAGGGAAGCCAAUUACAAAUGCAAAUAAUGUGGUAUUUUGUAACUCAAGUCUUGAAAUGUUCUGUAGUGUUAAGCAAAGUUUUGCCCUUGCUUGAUACUAAAUAAACUUUUGAAAGAAAA